GUAAGGUUUUUAAUCUAUUUUUAAAAGAUUGCUUGUAAUGUUAACAAGAUACUUCCCAUGUGAUAUUAGCAUUUCUUAAUUCACGUCUAUUUACCUUGCCAACGAGUGUGUUUACCUAGUUGAUGAUACCAUAGGAUCCGCUGCAACUACACCUUAUUACUCUUAAACUCAUUUCUCGUAUACGAUGUUCUGUUUCAAGCAGGAUUCAAGUAAUAUACUUCUCUAUACACUGCUUUGUUUCUUAAUUGAUCCAUCUUCAAUCGCUUAGAAAGAAAGCAUUGAAAACUAAAAUGGUCUAGAAAGUAUGUUUCGUGGAGUAAAAAUUGAAAGAAUUAGCCAUAAGUAAUCAAGUCAAGGUAAGUUUAUAUGGUUAAGCAGGGUGAAGAAAAAAACAGUCGGAUUAAGAAUAGCGGAGAAGAAGGGGAUGAUGAUGGAUCAGAAGGAACUGUGUAUGUUGGUAGUGGUCAUCUUAGCAUGCAGUACUGAUGCCAUGACAAGACAACAAUUGAAAAACUCAUCGAAGAUGUUAAAAAAGAACUGUAUGGCAAAAAUUGGAGUUGCUGAGGAUUUAAUCGGAAAUAUAGAGAAAGGACAAUUUAUAGAAGAAAGAGACGUGAUGUGUUACAUAGCCUGCAUUUAUCAGAUGACACAAGUUGUGAAGAACAAUAAACUAAACUACGAGGCUUCGUUAAAACAAGUGGACAUCAUGUACCCUCCUGAGCUGAAAGACUCCGCCAAAGCCGCUAUAGAAAAAUGUAAAGAUAUCUCCAAAAAGUACAAGGAUAUUUGCGAGGCAUCCUACUGGUCGGCCAAGUGUAUGUACGAGUAUGACCCCAAAAGUUUCAUAUUUGCAUAAAAAUUGAACAAACAUUUCCUAUAAAUUAACACAAUAUCGUUU